UUUUCUCCGGUCAUCAUGUCUGUAUCACCGGACAAACGGCGGAAGAUGGAGUCCGCGCUCGAGCAGAUCAAGAAGUUCACGGUGGUCGUCGCGGACACGGGAGACUUUAACGCUAUUGAAGAGUACAAGCCUCAGGAUGCCACCACCAACCCCUCCCUCAUUCUGGCUGCUGCCAAGAUGCCUGCUUACCAGCCGCUGGUGGACCAGGCCAUCAAAUACGGCACCGCUAACGGCGGGACUGAAGAUGAGCAGGUUACAAACGCCAUGGACAAGCUGUUCGUGAACUUCGGUCUGGAGAUCCUGAAGAAGGUCCCUGGGCGGGUGUCCACUGAGGUCGACGCCAGGCUAUCAUUUGAUAAAGAUGCGAUGGUGUCUCGUGCACGGCGGCUGAUCUCGCUGUAUGAGGACGCCGGCAUCAGUAAAGAGCGGAUCCUCAUCAAGCUCUCAUCCACAUGGGAAGGCAUUCAGGCUGGACGUGAGCUGGAGGAGAUCCAUGGCAUCCACUGCAACAUGACUCUGCUGUUCUCCUUCGCCCAGGCGGUGGCGUGCGCUGAGGCCCGGGUCACUCUCAUCUCCCCAUUUGUGGGACGAAUCCUGGACUGGUAUAAGGAGAACACUGAGCGCAAGACCUACGAGCCCCAUGAAGACCCAGGUGUUCUGAGUGUGACCAAAAUCUACAACUACUAUAAGAAGUUUGACUACAGGACGGUGGUGAUGGGCGCCUCCUUCAGGAACAUUGGGGAAGUGAAGGCGCUGGCGGGCUGCGACCUGCUCACCAUCUCACCUGCACUGCUGGAGGAGCUGAGCCAAGACCACAGCGCCAUCACCUGUACACUUACACCGCAGACAAGCCGUGUGUGUGUGUGUGUGUGUGUGUGUGUGUGUGUGUGUGUGUGUGUGUGUGUGUGUGUGUAUGUGUGUGUUCAGUUUACUAGAGCUCCAUCAGUGUUCAUCUGCUUAAUUAUACACACACACACACACACACACACACACACACUGUUUAACCAUUGAAAUCAUUCAUUCAUUAAUUCAUUCAUUUUCUUGUCGGCUUAGUCCCUUUAUUAAUCCGAGGUUGCCACAGCUCAAUGAACCGCC